AUGAGUCUGCCGUACAGUUCUGAGGUUUGGAUCUCGGCGCCAUCCAUCCUGUAUGGUGUCACACUUUGGACAGAGGAAGGCGAAAUUCCACAGAGGGAAAACCGUCUUUGUCCUUCAUGGUCAGAAGAGUACUGUGAGGAGCUGUGGGACCGCGUGGAAGGAGUGCGACAUAAACUAACCCGUAUCCUCAACCCAGCCAAACUCACCCCAUAUCUGCGCCAGUGCAAGGUCAUUGAUGAACAGGAUGAAGAUGAGGUGCUCAACUCCAUUCAGUACCCAUUGCGUAUCACCAAAGCUGGUCGUUUGCUGGACAUUCUGCGUGGUCAAGGUCCACGAGGUCUUCAGGCCUUCAUGGAGUCACUGGAGUUUUACCAUCCGGAACAAUACACACAGCUGACUGGAGAGCAGCCAACACAACGCUGCUCUCUCAUAUUGGAUGAGGAAGGUCCAGAGGGUUUGACCCAGUUUUUGCUGCUGGAAGUCCGAAAACUGAGAGUGCAGCUUCGAAACAGCCGGCUGUGUGAACGCCGCUUAUCUCAGCGCUGUCGGGUAGCCGAGGAGGACCGUAGCCGUGCUGAACGUAAAUCCCAGGAGAUGCGCCAUGACAGACUGCAGCUAGAAAGGUUACGUCAAGACUUGGAUUCGGCCAGUCGUGAGCUGGGCAAGCUGAAAGACAGACACCUGGAACAGUCUGACAAGUACUCUAGAGCCUUAGAAGAACAAAGUAAAGCCUCAAUACGAGAGAAAGAACUGCUCAAGCAAGUUCAAGAUCUAAAAUCCAGAUUAACAGAAGCAGAUCAUCAAACCAUAAAUCCUGAAAUGAGUCAGAUUCAAACAAAUACAAAGAACCGUUUGUUGACCACUGGAGGGUUCGGUUGUCCGCCGGCUGUACCCGCAAAGCCGUCGUACCGUAUUGAAGUUCCGAAAACGCCAAUGAAGAAUCCAAUUCCUACUACUGGAGUCAUAGCUCUGAUGGAUAUACUUCGGCAGGAUCGCAAGGAAGCUGCAGAGCAGAGACAGGAGCUCUGCAACUUCAUCACCAGACUUCAAGGGGAGAUACAGAACACUGAGGAGCAUAGGGACAAGCUGCAAUCACAGUGUGAGCAGCUACAGCUGAAAGUAAGGACUCUCCAGAUGGACUGGGAGACAGAACAGAAGAGGAGCAUGUCCUACUUUAACCAGAUCACUGAAAUUGAAAGGGAGAGGGACCAGGCAAUGCGCAGUCGUGACAGCCUGCAGUUGGAGUACACUGACUGUCUGUUGGACAAGAAUCGUUUGCGUAAACGCAUUGAAGAGCUGCUGGCCAAAAUGGAACUGCAGCAGCGGGAGUUGGAGCGGGAGGCAGAAAAAAGCAGGGAGCAAAUGGAGCAGAGCUCCUGCUUGCACUGUUCCCACCUGUCGCUGUGCAGUGAAGACCAAUGCUACGGACCCUGCUGCUCCCUUGGCCUGGACCAUAACUUACCUGUUAAUGGCACCCAUCUUCAGUUACGGAAGGCAUCCUCUAGAGGCCAAACAAAUGACAAUUCCGAAGAUUAUCAUUCGAACUCUGAGGAGAAUCCGCUGUCAUCGACAGAAGAUGAGAAGGAAAUAAAUCGGCUUUCAACGUUCCCAUUUCCUCCCGGUAUAAACUCCAUCAACCGAAGAUUCAAUACUGAGUUUGACUUGGACUCUUGGGGCAGUGAUGAGAAUGACUUUCCAGGUGAACAUAGUGAACCAUCUUUAGAGGAUUCAUGGAACUCUCUUCACUCUCAUCUUUUCCCCCCUGAUCUGGUCAACCUGCCAGCAGUUAGCGCACAUCAACACAGUCCCAGCAGUCCAAGGAUACCUCCUAUCUCUCCAUCCUCAAGUCCUCCACUGACACCAAAAAACGGUAAAGCCAACCUCGCUGAUGACAUUACCAUCAUUGGUGGAAACCAAACAGGAAUCUUUGUCAGCCACGUUAAAGCUGGUUCAGUGGCAGAGAAAUGUGGACUGAAGGAGGGAAGUGAACUCCUGGAGCUAGAAAAUGUUCUCUUGGGUGAAGGAAAUAUUCUGCUCAGCCAGUGCACUGCCGAGGUAGCACACUUUUCUCUUCAAUGGUGGACUGAACCAUCCACCCUCAAACACAAGUGCAACAAAGAGGAAUAUGCCAAGCUGUGCUCCCAACUCUCAUCGUCCACUUUUAAGGGUGCUGACUCGUUUUAUGUGCGGGUCAAUCUAAGCAUUGAGCCUCUCGGAGACCCAUCGUCUGUAGGCGUGUCAUGUGAUGAUAUCAUUCAUGUAACAGACACAAGGUACGAUGGUAAAUAUAGCUGGCGUUGUUCCCUUGUGGACCCUACAACAGCCAACCCCCUGCAAGCAGGAAGCGUGCCAAAUUAUAACAGGGCACAACAGUUGUUACUUGUCAAGUUACGGAAAAUGGCCUUGGAGCAAAAAGAUUUCAAAAAGAAGAUAAUAAGGAAAUCCUGCAGUCGAGUUCGCCUGGUAAAGGCAUUGGAUCCAAAAUUCAAUGAGAUUGGGUCCACGAAGCAGGUUCUUUACACUCUGAACAAACGUUAUGAGGAGCAUUUGAUCCCUUAUAGCCUAGUGCAGCCAGUAAAGGUUGACACCAAGCGACCUGUCAUCUUCUCACCAUCUCUCCUCUCUCAUGGGCUCAUUGAGAGACUGUUGCAGCCUGUCGAGUCUGGUUUGCAAUUCAACACUUGUGCACCAGAGAUAAUACCGGUAUCGGAGAGGAGAGACAAGAAAAUAUUUCUGUUGGAUUCCCAAGCUCAACAGCCAGCUCUCGGCGUACGGCUAGAAUCCGUAAAAGAGGUCAUUAAACAGGAUAAACACUGUUUGUUAGAACUGGGGUUGCACAGUGUCGAGCGUUUGUUGCGACAUGGUAUUUAUCCUAUUGUUAUCCACAUCCUUCCAAAGAGCAAAAAACAUAAGAAGCUAAGAAAAUUUUUCACACGAUAUGGGAAGGAGAGUGCAAUGGAAGAGAUGUGCCACGUAGAGCAGUUACAGCUGGAAACUCUGCCCCUGCUCUACUGUACUUUGGAGUCCAGCACAUGGAGCAGCACAGAAGAACUGCUCACAGCCAUACGCAAUGCCAUCGUUAGCCAACAAAUGUCAGUAGCUUGGGUUGAGCUGGAUAGGCUACAGUAA